AUGGUGGCUGAAACAUCUUCAACACCAUCCCUUGCAACAGAAGAAACGGCUGUCCAGAUUCCUGAUGCCUUGGAAUAUACAGCAGAUGAACCAGAAGCAGCAGUUGGAAAGGAAGAGUAUGAAACCAUAGAAAGGAACAAGAAUCAUACCCAGGAUAUCUUUGUCCUCAGUCCAGGAGAGAAAGUGGCUUUUAAAAAAAUCCUCAAUGGUGAUUUGAGUUUGGUAGAUCAUAUGUUUCGUGUGCAUGUUAUUAAACAGGACUUAAAUGAGAAUGCACCAGCUGCACCACGUGCAGGGACUUUUGGCCUAUCCAUGUACUCCUGUAACACAUGUGACAAAGUGUUCCAAACUUUGUCACAUAUACGACUACACUGUCUUAUUCAUACUAACCUAAAACCAUUCAAAUGCUCCAAGUGCUCAUAUGCAUCUAAUUCUAAAGGUAAAUUAUAUAGCCACAUGGGUAAACAUGCAAGCCAUUUUUACGUCUGCUCCAAGUGUCCUUUCAAGACUGUUCACAGAACCUAUCUGCUAGAUCAUGUGGCAACCCACAACAACAAGAUGAGGCAGGCUUUUGGGACUGAAGAAUGUGAAUUCUGUGGACGUCUUUUCUACAAUCGUGCUGAUUAUGAAUCACACAUGCAAACUCACACAGUUGAUGAGAGUGAAGAUGAACCAGAAGCAGCAGUUGGAAAGGAAGAGUAUGAAACCAUAGAAAGGAACAAGAAUCAUACCCAGGAUAUCUUUGUCCUCAGUCCAGGAGAGAAAGUGGCUUUUAAAAAAAUCCUCAAUGGUGAUUUGAGUUUGGUAGAUCAUAUGUUUCGUGUGCAUGUUAUUGAACAGGACUUAAAUGAGAAUGCGUCACGUGCAGGGACUUUUGGCCUAUCCUUGUACUCCUGUAACACAUGUGACAAAGUGUUCAAAACUUUGUCACAUAUACGACUACACUGUCUUAUUCAUACUAACCUAAAACCAUUCAAAUGCUCCAAGUGUUCAUAUGCAUCCAAUUCUAAAGGUAACUUAUAUAGCCACAUGCGUAAACAUGCAGGCCAUUUUUAUGUCUGCUCCAAGUGUCCUUUCAAGACUGUUAACAGAACCCAUCUGCUAGAUCAUGAGGCAACCCACAACAACGUACGUCAAUGUUGUAAACUGUGCAAGAAGGACUACAAUACUGUCAAGUCACUUGUCACUCAUGUGCGCAAGUAUCAUAGCUCGUCAAAGAAAGGCAAAGAAUACUUGGCAAAAUUCUUGCAGCGGUGCCAAGAUCGUGGCACCACUGUCAUUCACCAAUGUCAUGUAUGUAAUCGUAAAUUCAAGAAGAAGACUGACUGUGACCGGCAUUUGCUUUCGCAUGACAUUAAAAACAUUCCCCAUGUGCAACACUGUGAGUUGUGCGACUAUUCAGCUAGUCAAAGGAUUUAUCUAGAAAAACACUUCCUUAAACAUCGGGUUAUUUAUUGUUGCUGUUUGUGUCAGGACAAGUUCUUAAGCACUGUUAGACUAUUUGAGCACAUUAACAGUAUCCAUGUUGAUGAUAUUUCUGAAAGGACAAAUGAGAGUAUUUUUGAGCAGAGUAUUGCUUCAUCACUUUACUUACCUGAGCCUGAUGAUACUUUGCCUGACCAGGACAAGGAGUUUGACAAUUUACCCCCAGAGUUGUCUGCUGUUGCCAUGAAUAACACCAAAGAUGAUGGAGUGACAGAACCAAUGGAGACAUCUUUGACAACAUCCUCCACUACAAUGAUGAGUUCAGAUAUAAUUUCAAACAGAGUUAGUAUAUCUGGAGAUCCAAUAAAAGUAGAAAUAUGUGACCACGCAUACACUAUUUCAGCAUAUGCUGAUACUAUGGAAGAGAAAUUGCAAGAGACAAAUAAAAAGGUUGUAAGUGAUUUGGAUACUUUUGAAAAUGGUGUCAUUGAGAAUGUAAUGGUCAAAGUAGAAGGAAAAGAGAGAAGUGAUUAUUCCUUGACCAUUACAGAUGGAAAUGAGCUUAAAACAGCAAGUGAGAUUGACACUGCUGCUGGAAACGUUAUGAUUGAUCAGGAAAAUCCAAACUUCAAAAGUGAAAAGGAUUCUUGUACGUCUGUCUCAAACACAUUGAGGGUUGGAGAAGAACAUUUGAAGCUUCAAAACAAUGAUUCAGAAACAGGAGAAAUUGAGAAUGGGGAAGAUCUGCCCAGUGAAGAUGAGGAUGCAGGCAAGUCAUCCAAGGCCUCGGAUAUUAUCAAGAGGCUUGGUUAUCGCCCUCUCUCUUUGGAAAUAUUUCAGAAGAUGAGGCAGACUUUUGGGACUGAAGAAUGUGAAUUCUGUGGACGUCUUUUCUACAAUCGUGCUGAUUAUGAAUCACACAUGCAAACUCACACAGCUCGCCACUGUGGUCAACCAAGCAAAGGAAAAAAGAAAAUUAUUCAUAAAUAUGCUUUACGUAAAAAAUUACCAAUUCCAGAUAAAGGAAGGAUUUGA